CAUUACUAACUUGCCAGAUGUAGUCCUGAGCAGUAUCUUCCAGCAUUUGCACUGGAAGGAAAAGCUAAUGGCAGUGAAAGCCUUCCCAGCAUGGAACAGAAUUCUUCACUCUACUUUAGGGUGGAAAGAUUUUGAAAAUGACCGUUACUAUGCACAGUCCGUUCAAGCUCUCGUGUCCAAUAACUACUUACUUGAAGAAAUCACAUGUAUUGCACAGUAUGGACAGUUCUUCACCCAUGCUGUUAUAUGGCUGGAAGUCUUUCCAUCCGCUGACAAUCCUCAGGAAACUGACUUGGCUCUGCUAGGAGCUUUAGAGACACACUGUUUUCGUCUAAAGUCACUGGUCAUCUACCACCCACCCAAGCUCUCCCCCUCCUCCAUUAAGCGUUCUGGUGCGCGCUACAUCAAACCUCUGCAGAGGAUGUUCAGCUUCAACCCCUCCCUGGACCUCAGUCUGUGUCGUGUUUCUUUCCUCUCUGAGGGAACGCAGGCUGGACUCUGCAAGCUGUUAGACUGGUACCAAGAGCACAAUGUGCUGCAGAAGGUUGCCUGCCUGGACUUUUCUUAUGGCAAAAUGGAAUCUACAUUGCGUCCUAUGAACUCUCUAGUCUACUGCACGUCACUACGUGUACUCAAAUGCCCGAUCCAAUAUCUGAAUACUCAGAUUUUGCAACAACUUGUAGAAUUCAACCUGCAGGAGCUGUACGUCUCAUGAGUGAUGUGCAUACCCGUGAUCUUUUUUAUGAUGAACAAUCAGCCAUUGACUGGCAUGGACUGCAACUUUUACCUGGGCGGAACCUAAAGGUGCACUAUGUGUUCCGCUUUAGUGAUGUGGUCUUGUGCCCUAAUCCAUACGCACGCAGCUUGGCAUUGGACAGUCUUUGUGACGGCAUCUCUAGAGAGUUAUUGGUUUCUAUAGCCGAUACCUAUGGAGCGACACUAGAAAUGUUUAGCUUCAUAGGAGUCGUCUGGUAUCCUAGUGAUCUUGAUGUGAUGUUCUCGGAUUUGGAGGACCUGCCUACUACCUUCGAGUACCUGGCGUCUAGGCUGACGUGUGUGCACACUGUGGUGCUUAACCUCUUCAUCCCAAAAGAUGCACUUAUCAGCCUGGCUCGACAUGCCCCAGCUCUCAAGACGCUACUGGUCUAUGAACAUAAAAUUUUGUUUGGCGAACAUGCAGCUAACACAGAAAUAGAGGAACUGAAACAAAUAAUUUCUGAGGCACUUGGAUAUUCCUGGAAACCUUUGUCAGAAAAUGACACUUUUUAUGAACUAUCUGGCUAUAGGCAGAGUCUGCUUUUUGAGGAUUUUUUUCUCGAUUGUUUAGAUCGUUAGUGUUUUUGCGGACAUGUGUCAGUCACAAGCCAGACAUGGCCCCCAUGCUGUUUUCAAAGUCUGCUGUUUGAGGAUUUUUUUCUCGACUGGUUAGAUUCGUGGAGUGUGUAGUACCCGGUCAAACUCUCGACAGCCAGUUCUGCGAAACAUUAUCACUCAGAGAGUGUUCUGAGUCGAAAUUUGAGCCCGACACCUUUUAGUUCUUACUAUAGUGGUUACAAGGGAAUGAUUUUACGUAGGACGGAGUGGGAAGGUAAAAAAUCAAAUGAAGGUAGAUAUAGAUAAUUUCCCAAACCAAUAACACCCCCAAAAGGGAAACACACACACACACACACAUAUGCACUUAUGCACGCACGCACACACAUACACACAUAAAGCUUAUAUACAUAAACAUGG